ACUACUACUACUCCUCCUCCUUCUCCUCAUCAGCACUGUGCCCCAGCCCCAGCUCACCAUCCCAUCAUCACACCACCUCCUUCUCCUCCUCCUCUUCCUCUCCGCCGCCUCCAAGAACCUCGGCAAUGGCGGGCUUCGUUGGGGUCCUCGUCUCAGAUCCAUGGCUCCAGAACCAGUUCACCCAGGUCGAGCUUCGCUCUCUCAAAGCUCAGUUCUUGGCUAUGAAGGAUGAUGGUGGUGGUGGUUUGAAGAUUGGUGACCUAGCUGGGAAGAUGUCGAAGAUGAAGAUCGGGGGUGAUGGGAUCAGUGAGGGAGAGAGGGAUUUGUUUGUGAAGAGAUCGUAUGAGAAUCUUGAUAGCGAAGUGGAUUUUGAGCUGUUCUUGAGGGUUUAUUUGAAGACGCAAGGGCAAGCUGGGGCGAAGAACUCGUCUUCGGCUUUCUUGAAGGCUGCCACUACUACUUUGCUUCAUACUAUCAGUGAAUCUGAGAAGGCUUCUUAUGUCUCGCAUAUUAAUAAUUAUCUAGGAGAGGAUGUGUUUUUGAAGAGAUAUCUCCCUAUUGAUCCGCUCACUGAUGAUCUGUUUGAGAUCUCCAAGGAUGGAGUGCUUCUGUGCAAGCUUAUCAAUCUGGCUGUGCCCGGGACUAUUGAUGAGCGCACGAUUAAUACGAAGAAAAUGUUGAAUCCUUGGGAGAAGAAUGAGAAUCAUACCCUUUGCCUCAACUCUGCCAAGGCCAUUGGAUGUACUGUCGUCAACAUUGGGACUCAGGAUCUCGCUGAAGGGAGACCUCACCUAGUCCUUGGCAUCAUAUCUCAAAUUAUCAAGAUUCAACUUCUGGCAGAUGUUAACCUUAGUAGAACGCCCCAGUUGGUCGAGUUAGUUGAUGAUAGUAAGGAUAUAGAGGAGCUGAUGAGCCUGUCACCAGAAAAGAUUUUACUCAGAUGGAUGAAUUUUCAACUUAAAAAAGGGGGUUUCAAGAGGCUUAUAACAAACUUCUCAUCGGACGUGAAGGAUGCUGAAGCCUAUACUUGUCUACUAAAUGUUUUGGCCCCAGAACACAGUAAUAAAUCUUCCAGCAUGACAGUGAAAAGUGCUCUAGAAAGAGCCAAAUUAGUACUUGAGCAUGCUGACAGAAUGGGUUGUAAAAGAUACUUGACCCCAAAAGAUAUUGUGGAAGGCUCACCAAAUCUAAACCUUGCAUUUGUUGCUCAUAUUUUCCAGAAACGGAAUGGGUUAUCUUCACAGAUGAAGCAAAUAUCAUUUCUAGAAUCAAUGCCAGAUGAUGCACAAAUUUCCAGAGAAGAAAGAUCAUUUCGAUUAUGGAUCAACAGUCUUGGCAUUUCAACUUAUAUAAAUAAUGUGUUUGAAGAUCUUCGAGAUGGAUGGGUCCUUCUGGAGGCCAUUGACAAAGCCUCACCGGGGGUAGUCUGUUGGAAGUUUGCUAAUAAACCUCCUAUCAAAAUGCCAUUCAAGAAAGUGGAAAAUUGUAAUCAAGUUAUAAGAAUAGGGAAGCAGUUAAAAUUUUCGCUUGUUAAUGUUGCGGGGAAUGAUAUUGUUCAAGGAAACAAGAAAUUAAUAUUAGCUUUUUUGUGGCAAUUAAUGCGGUACAACAUCCUCCAACUUUUGAAGAACUUGAAAUGCCAUUCUCAUGGAAAAGAGAUUACAGAUGCAGAUAUAUUGAAGUGGGCAAAUUGCAAGGUUAAAGAUUCGGGAAGGCACUCUCGAAUGGAAAGUUUCAAGGACAAAAAGCUUUCCAAUGGCAUUUUCUUCCUGGAGUUGCUUACUGCAGUGGAGCCUCAAGUUGUGAAUUGGAGUCUUGUGACUAGAGGAGACAGUGAUGAAGAGAAAAGAAUGAAUGGCACUUACAUUAUCUCAGUAGCAAGGAAGCUUGGAUGCUCAAUUUUCUUGCUUCCAGAGGACAUACUGGAGGUGAAUCAAAAGAUGAUGCUUACACUGACAGCAAGCAUAAUGUAUUGGCAUUUGAAGAGGCCAGUCGAAGACCGAGCAAUGUCAUCCGACAGCGAAAAUGGGAGCUCAUCUGAAACCGUCUCGAACUCAAACAUCGAUGAUUCUGCAUCCGAGUCAUCCACGGAUGAUACAGUGAGCAGAUAGUUGCAGAUAUCCCGGCAACUAAGAUGAUGCCACAAUCUAAUUGAUCACCUCUGAUGUAUAUUCUUUGACCAUUUAUUCCAGAUGUUCAGAACCACUGUUGCUGCACAUCAGUUAUGCCCAAACCCAGAGUUAGUGGCAAAGCUAUUUUGCUUGUACUAUGUUGUAUCAAGUCUGUUGUAAUUGAUGGGUGGAUUAUUUUUACUUGCUGCACUGCAUUCUGAUAAUGUAUUCUAUGUACUAACCAAAACAUUCUCUGAUUUGUCACUAGUUUUCCUUGUCA